UAAAGAUACUCAACCGAACAUCUACCUUGGUGUGUCAAGCCAAAUAAAAUGAGUGAAUCUAGAACUCUAAGAGCUUAUUUCACUUCAACUAACUGAGUUGUAGCUGUUACAUAGGAAUUCUCGAUUAGCAAGCAGAAAAAUCUCAUGAAUGUCACAGCAUCAUAUCUUGGUAUGGCAAAUGAUAAUGGAACGCAAUCGAAAUUCUUUAUCUAUACAACACAGUGUCGUAUACCGUAUGUGGAUCCUUUCUCGGAAGAUGUUUUAAAAAUUUUUAAUCCAAAAAAGUACAAAUAUACAAAUUGUACAAAUGAUGAAGCUUUCAUUACAAGCAGUUAUCAGCUAAAUGCAAGACAAUAUAUUCUACACAUGGAUAUGGAGGCAAUAGAGCGGGCUGUUAAACCCCUAAAUGUCAGCGCUACAGAUGUCCGCUGUUGUUAUCGGCAAAUUGUGAGAGCUGGGAGUGGCCAAAUGGCUGAUUUCAAGUAUAACCUCUUAAAUUGCGUCAUAUUCCAUCAGAACUUUAUGGUGCCUCAACACAUCGAUUAUAUAAUUACAGAGUGUUACAUCGGGAAGAAUACAAACACAACAAUACAAAAGGAUGCAUUCUCUUUCAUACAGUUGCCGAGAGCAAAUGAAUUGAAAAAUAUUACCGAGUCUUUAAGUAAGAACAAAUCAGCGGCACUGGAUGUGAGGAAACCUAGCAUUUUGUUGUUAGGUAUUGACUCUUUGUCGCGCAUAAAUUUGCGACGCACUAUGCCAGAGACACUUAAGUACCUGCAAAUGAAUCAAUGGUUCGAGUUGCAGGGUUAUAAUAAGAUUGGUGAUAAUACAUACCCAAAUUUAAUGCCGCUACUCACGUCAUACAAUGAAACAGUGGCUGAUAAGAAAUGCUUGCCCAAAACUGUAGGUGGACUCAAUAAGCCAAUUUGUAAUUUUAUUUGGAACGAUUUUAAGCAAAUCGGUUAUAAAACCGCAUAUGCUGAGGAUACAACUAAGAUGAGUACUUUCAAUUAUCUCAAAAAAGGAUUCGAACAGCCACCGACCGAUUAUUAUCUACGCCCCAUGGCUAUGGCCAUUGAAAAGGAGCUGAAAGUGACCAAUGAGGCAGGGCUGCCUUACUGUGUUGGUCGCAAGCAUUAUGCAGAAUACAUCUAUGAUUAUGCAUUACAAUUUGUGAAUGCCCACCCCGAAGAACCGGUAUUCGGUUUAUUCUGGACAAAUUCCUUUAGUCAUAACGCCUUUGAUACCGAGGCAAAAAUGGAUGCGAGAAUGUUAGAAUAUAUUAAGAAAUUAAAAAGAGAUGGCAUACUGGAGCGUUCGAUUGUGAUAUUCUUUGCAGACCAUGGCAUGCGUUGGGGCGCAUUGCUGAAUUUAAAAUCCGGUUUCUUAGAAGAGCGCCUACCGAUGAUGUUUAUAUCAAUACCGUCGUGGUAUCAGAAUGAACAUCCGGAUUUUAUGAAAAACUUACAAAUAAAUCAAAAACGUUUAACGACACCCUAUGAUAUUUAUGCGACCAUGAAGCAUAUACUUGAAGUGAUGCAACCCGUAAAGCAAUUUCCCAUCCCCAAUGAUACUUUACAGGGUAUAAGUAUAUUUCAUGAAAUACCUGAGAAUCGCACGUGCAAAGAUGCGGACAUCCCCGAGCAUUGGUGUACCUGUGUACCAUAUGAAGUUGUACCAACAAGCAAUGCUGUCGCAAAGAAUGUAACUGGACUGGUAUUAAAUGAAAUCAAUCAAUAUUUGAUUAAUAAGAACAUUAGUGAUAAAUGUGCCAAAUUGAAUUUAACAAAAAUCGACAGAGCUGAAAUGAAAAUGUUCAAAGUACCGAAUGAGUUCACAUAUCGUAUAAGCUUCGAAGCGAACCCGGAGAAAGCGAAAUUUCGAGCAACAGUAGUUUUAAAUAUAACAACAAAUACAAUCGAAACCAAUGUGGAAGAGAUAUCACGUCUGGAUUCUUAUGCAAAAACUGCCAAGUGCAUUGAUUUGAAGAAAGAGCAAAAAUAUUGUCUGUGUAAGAAUACCACAACCACAAAGGCAUAGCGGAUAAGAUAUUACAUAGAAGACUGUAUGCCACCAAGUUAGAAGUUUCUUACUCAUAUUUUAUAAGUUAUUCAAUAAUAUAUUUCUAAAAAAUGUUAGGAUUUGAAUAAGUGUUGAUUUUAUUAAUUAUGUA